GCUAUCCGCACGCCUCUAGCCCGCGACCGCGUUAUAGUGUUUCCGUAUUUUGAUAAGAUUUAUUUUAGAUGAUUGUUAGGUCUAUACAACCCCCGUAGUAUUAGUAAUGUUUGGUAUUGUGGAUUGAUUUUGUAACCGCGUUGUAUUCACAGUGUACACGUGUUCAGAUAAAACCCAAUAUCAUUUACGGACCAAAAUAUGAAUAUUCAUUCCAUAGUAAGGGAAAUAAUUAAAUAAAAAGACAGUAAAGACUGAAAAGGGAACAACGGGAGAGAUUGAAGCGGAGAUAAAAAAGAAAUGUUGAAGAUAAAGAAUUGUUCGUCAGAUAUACUCGUAGUUCGUUCGAGAUAAUUGAAUGUGUAAUAAUCUCGGAUAACAAAUCCAGUACAAUAUACGUUUUAAUCAAAACUGUUACCAUUUAGAGAAUUGUUUCAAGAAACAUUUGUGCGAAUGAAAAUAAAAGUGAUUAUAUCUAAGGACAAAGUAAAUGGAGCAUAUCUAUAUGAAGUAAUAAAUUCUAUAUUAUUUUGAAUUUGAUUCAUGAAUUUCGUUUUUGUCAAAAAUCUUUUUGAAUUGUUUAAUCAUGAACAACUUGUACUGGAAGUGUUUUUAUUAAAUUUGCUGUACUGUCUUAAGUGUUAGCUUAGUGAAGAUAUAACUAUCUUUGAAAAUAUUAAAAGUAAGAAGUUGGAUAAUAGUACUAAAAGUCUUAAUGAUGUUAAUAAAUUACGAAUGGACUAGACGGAAGAGUUAAACGUACUUAUUAAAUUCAUAAAACUCAUAAUUGGUGUAGAUUUUUGGUGUUUUAAUUCUGAGCUCUAAGCGUAAGUAAUAAGGUUCAAAAUGAAUGUUCCGGUGAGAGGUGGUCCAGCGCCAACGGUGGCUGUAGUGCCAGUCCCUGAGAGUGAGAUGGACGCACUGUUGCUCGGCAGGACUGCGGUGAGGACAUUUGAUCAGUACGUGCGAAAUGAACUAGCAGCGUCGACGCCUACACAGAGGAACUGGCGCGGUAUCCUCAUCGCGCUGCUGGUCAUCGCUGCGGUGCUGGGGCUCAUCGUGUUCAGCAUAGCGCUGCUCACUCCGGCCGGCGAUGACGGCAGAGGACGCGGGAGACGACCAACGCUGGAAGAUGUUCUCACGGAUCACUAUAAGCCUUUUAAUGGGACCUGGCUGACAGAUGAGGAUCUGGUCUUCAGAGACAGAUGGGGCGGACUAACGCUGUUCAACAUCAAGAACUUUACUACCAGACUGCUCAUGAAUAACUCCACAUUUAGAGAGCUGAAUGCUGUGGACUUCAAAGUGUCUGCUGACCUGAAGUUUGUCCUGCUAAUAUCCGACGUGAGGCCCGGCUGGAGGCACGCGCGCCUAGCUCGGUACCACGUCUACGAUGUCAUUACCAGGAACAAAAUCCCCAUAUCACCAGUAGAGGACGACAGAUCAGCACCGCUCCUGCAGUAUGCGGAGUGGGCGCCCACCGGCUCCGGCCUGGUCUUCGUCUACGACAAUGACAUUUAUUACAAGCCGAAGGUUUUGAAGGCACUCGUCUGCAGGAUCACGAGCAAUGGAGUCCCAGGAGUAAUCUUCAACGGCGUGCCGGACUUCCUGUACGAGACGGAAGUCCUGCGGCUGGACCGUGCGCUGUGGUUCAGCCCGGACGGUCAGGCGCUCAUGUACGUCACGUACAACGACUCGCAGGUGCAGCAGCACAAGUACCCGUGGUACGGGUUGGACCAGCUGGAGCCGCCUGCGUACCCCACUAUACGGACUUUACGGUACCCUAAGGUAAACACAAACAACCCAGUGGUGACUUUGUACGUCGUCAGUAUCAAGACUCCAAAAUUCCUCUUUCCUCACGCUAUACAGUUCAAUUCGCCAAUAGACAGCAGUUGGUACGUCCGCUGGAGUACCUGGAUAUCGGAGCGUCAAAUAGGAGUCCUACUUCUCAACCGACCGCAGAAUGUCUCCAUCAUAAGCAUCUGUAAUGCUGUACAGUACAACUGCCAAGACAUUUAUCGGGAUGAAUCAGACGGGUCGCGCUGGUCAGGCUUAGGUUCAGAUCCAGUAGAAGAAGACUGCGGUUGGUGUGGUGGAGGCGCCUUGGUUGGAGGACGAAGUGGUAUCUUCACCACAGCACCCAUCACGGACCAGGGCGGCAUAUGGAGACAUGCUGUCCACUUAACUCAGGAUACAAGAACCACAGUCACGCAGGGCAAUUUUGAAAUCACCCAAUUAGUUGGAUGGGACGAAAGGAGAAGACUUCUAUACUUAAUCGGAACCGCACCAGAAAAGGCAGGGGAAAGACACGUUUACCGAGUUCUGGUGCCAGUAGAUGGCUGGCCACCACCACCGUCUUGCCUCACGUGUCCUGGAUCCAUCCCGGACACCACUAUAGAGCCUAGCACUGAGGAACCAGAAUACGACAAUUCUUCCUCUUCCCUCCCAGCGUGGCCAACAUCGACAGUACUACCGCACGUUGCAGAUGAAAAUGAUUCUCUUCCCACAACCUGCUUGUAUAAUAGAGUUAUAUUUAGCAAAAACUUCUCUUAUUUUGUACAGGAGUGCUUAGGUCCUGGUACACCGGCCACAUUCCUGUGCACGGCUGGUGGAGUGCGACGGGCUGUGCUUUGGGAUGGACAGCCAUUGCGCCAAUUUUUCGCAACACUCGCCUCACCGCAAUCAAAAGUAUUCAGAGUAGAGGUUCAGGCCCAUCGAGAAGCACGCGUGCGCCUUCUGCUACCGCCCGGCCUACGAGAGACUGACGACCUGCCACUGCCAUUAGUAUUACAUGUAUCAGCAGAGCCGGGCGGGCAACUGGUUACCGAGCGAUGGCGUCCUGAUUGGGGCUGGUAUUUAGCAACUGCAAGAAACUUUAUCGUCGCUGAAAUCGACGCGAGAGGCUCCGGUGGACAGGGUGAAGAAUUGAGAACUGAAAUUUAUCAGAGGAUACUAUCAACAGACGUAGAGGACCAGAUUGCAGUACUUUCGUAUCUCCGCGACAAUCUCAAAAUGGUGGACGGGUCGCGAGUGGGCGCGUGGGGCCACGGCUACGGCGCCGGCGCCGCGCUCGCUCUGGCUGCAGGCGACGCGCGCAACCUCACGCGCUGCCUCGCGCUGCUGGCGCCGCUCGCUGAUCUGCGCCACCACAAUUCGUACUGGACGGAACGCUACGUGGGCGCGGGCAGCGGGUCGGGCGCCGCGCUGGCCGUGUGGCGGCGCGCGGGGAACCUGCCCCCCCGCCGGCUGCUGCUCGCGCACUCCACCGCCGACCUGCGCGCGCCGCCGCCGCACGCGCUCGCGCUGGCCCGGGCUCUCAUACGCGCUCAAGCUUUGUACACGCAUCAGGUAUAUCCAGACGAAGGUCACAAGUUCGAACGCUCCAACUUACACGUGCACAAAACUAUGGAGCAAUUCUUCGACGAGUGCUUCGGGCCUGUCGAGUUAGCUGACUGGGAUGCAGGAGGAGUGGGAGGCUUGUUCCCAUUCCGAGACUAAUGGACGACCAACGGGUAGGAUACACCCAGGGGAUUCGUGAUGAUUACCAUUCAUCUCCAUAUGAUGAAUCGACUUAUUUUCCUUUAAAAUCAGAAAGGGGGUCAAAGAGGGUCAGUGUGGAGAAAGUCUGUUUCAAUUGCCACUUAUUUGUAAAGAUGCUGGCAUUAACUUUAUUGGAAUUCCGGCUUUUUAAGCCUAAAAUUGUCGGGCCCAUAUUUGGACCCAAAGAACUUAAGUAGAAGACGUUUUAAGCUUGUUAUUUCAAUGUUAGAAUAAAUGGACCUUAUAUAGAGCGAAACGACAGUUGUUGUACAAUUUUCUCCUCUUAAGUCAUCCCUCGCUCAAGGGUUAAUUUUCGCUCUUUAGGAGUUUGAAUGUUAGAAUAUCGUGGCCCCAUAAUUUAAACUCUUCAUCGUGAUUUUAUAAUUCAAUAGCAGUUGGACAAUAUUUUAAUAGCAACUAAUUAACAUUCCUUUCAACUGUAAUUGUAAAAAAAAACUUGUAUUGACAAACGGCGUUUCUUUUGUUUUAACCUGGUAUAGUAUAGCGGCAUGUAAGUUGAACUAUGCGUUGUAACACAUUUUCCGUUGUUACCGACGUACGUUAAGUAGUCCCACGUGUAAUGGCAACAUAUUGAGUGUUGACGUCAUCAAAAUGGCGUACGAAAUUUCAAUUACUUUACCUACAUCUUUAAUGCAACCAUGCAGCACGCGUCUAAUACUUGUUUAUAAUUUAUACCUGCGCAGACAACUGUAAUUUGGGUUCAACUUAUAUGUCGGGGUCUAUAGGUACCUAUUACAUAAAUAAUUCACAUCGAUAUUGCAGACUGCCAAAAUUAGGUACAGUGCGAGUUUCUAUUCGCUUUUUGUUUACAGCUUUAGUUAGACAGGUCUAACUCAAAUAAAUGAAUGGUUAUUUAUUAAAAAUUAAAAAAAAUUCGCACCAAUUAACAUUUAUCAUAAAAUAAUAUAUUCUAUAGAAAUAUAAACGGUAGAAUAUUAUAUAAAAAAAAGUCAUAAUGGUGCAUUUAAAAUGAGUUUUACUGAAAAUUUCAGUAUUUACGCCUAAAUAUUUAUUUACUAUGUAGGUAGAUGGAUUUUAAAAGGUGGUAAAAGAUAUUAAAGUAACUUUUUAAUAAACCUCGAUGUAUUAUUAGAAUUAUAAGUAUAAUGUAAAAUAGCAUGUGAACAAUUCCAACUCCAUAGACAAUAAUAAUAAGGUUUUUUAAUUGUUUAAUUUCUUCAAUAUUACUUGAUUAUUUUAUAACUACCUACCUUUACCUAUGUAAGUAGUGAGUAAAAUAAUUUAAUAGUUUCCAAUUUCAUUCUGUAUACAAAUGAAAUUCUUUUUAUUAGAUAGGUAGAUACGAAAAUCUGAACAACAGUCUUUUAUCUAAUACACUUGACUAUUUAGUAGACACAGUUUUACCUCUUUCGGCGGUUACCUAUAUAGGUACCUAUUUAUUGAAUUAUACAGGGUGCUCGGGAGUAUUUCCCAUAACUUACAGGUGUUGACGAGUCUGGUUAUAGAAGCCGAACUGCUUAACUAAUAAUUAUUUUUCUAAAAAAUAAAAACUUUUUAUGUUUUCAUACAAAGUAAUUCAAAUAAUUCCGACUAUCCAUGUAACACACGCCUUUAUCUAUCCUUGCAUUUUAAAAUCCAUACGUCAAACUUGGCUACGCGUAUAUGGGGAACAUUUGAAGAUCUAUUUACAAAAACAAAUAUGAUUUACCCCCAAAAUAUUAAUUUCAGAACAAAUGUUCCUUGAAAAGAAUAUAACCCCAGAGUUAUGGAAAAUACUCCCGAGCAUCCUGUAUACUGUUCUCUGUUGAGUUCUGUGUUUACUUAGUUUUAAAAAUAAAUUGUUCACAUGCUAUUUCCGGGGUCGUAACUAAGCUCCGGUGAAAUUUUCUUAUGAUUAUUAUAAGGAAAAUAAAAUCUAUAUUUUAGUGUAAAUUGUAUCAACAACAACCUAAACAUCUUUACCUUCUUAUAUAUUUCUAUAUGUCGCUUUCAAUGUCAUCGUCAAAGAGAUAAUUUAGCUUUAAUAUCUAUGUAUUUAGAAAUGUUGUCAAAAGUGUUAAUAUUAUUAUAAUAGAACCUUAAUAGAACAGAAAAAUAUUUCUAUAUACAUCCAUACAUUUCGUAAAGAUAGUAAAAGUUAAACUAAAUGUUAGUGUACUUAAACAAAAGUAGAUAUAUAACUAAUUUUUUAAAUAAAUGUGACUUAACUAUAAUAUUGAUAUACCUACAUAUGUAUCAUGACUAUUCAAGGGUGAAAAAUCUUAACACGUCUACGGAACUUUAAAGAAAUACUGGACCAUAACGAAUUGGAUUGACCUGUUUUCAUCAAUUUUGGCUCAGUAGCAAAAGCGCCACAGAGAGACAUACCUAAAUAAAUAGAAAAAAAAAUAGAAAACCUACCUACCGACUUUUUUAUUCACAUAUUUAAAAUCUUAACAAAUAAAACGAACUUAACUACGUAGCCGAAUAAAAAACUAAAAAAAAUUAAAAAGGUAUUCCUGAAAUAACUACCGACUUUGCAGUUUUGACAUCGCUUAAAGAAUUAUUUGCAAAGUACUAGAAAGUUAUUGUAACAGAUGUCUCGAAACUUCAGCAUGCAUGGAGUUACAAAAUAUUAUCUUUGUACGUGCAACUUAGGUACCUUUCUCUACAUGUAACAUGUUACAUAUAUGUACCUACGUAUGUAAGUACAAAGAAUAUGUGUUUAUAAUGAAAAAUAUAAAAUCUAACUUAAUUAUUAUUAUUAUAUUCUUCGUUGUUGUUAAACGUUUUGUGAUAUUAUCUACCUAGUCCUCAGAUUCUAGUCUUAAUUAUUUUAAAACCUAUCUAUUAAGAACUAGAAUAUUUUAUUUAUCAUUAUUAUUAUUUUAUUUAUUUAAAUUAACUGUGUAAAAUAGAUGGGCACUAAUCCUGAAAAUAAACUGUUAAUUUAUCUAUACUAAUAUUAUGAAGAACAAUUUUAUUGUUUGUUUGUUUUGAAUAGGCUCUGAAACUACUGACCUGAUUUGAAUUUUUUUUUCACUGCCGGGUAACACUACGGGCUACACUAUCCCCAGUAUAUACUGGCUAUAUGGCUGGUAGAAAUACGAGGCUAUAUUUCCUCGUAUUCCUACGGGAACGGGACAAAGUAAAAUGCUUUUACUUUUCCCGUUCCAUCAAAAAGUGUCUGAAAGAAAUUUUUCCAGUCCACCGAAGCAGAGCGAGGCAGCGGGCCAGCGGAGCCGAGAAACGGAGAAAUAUUAACCAAUAGGAUUGCACAAACACUCCGCUCCUCUUAAGUGGACCGGGACUUGCGAGCUAGUUUAAAAAUUCAAAUAAAACCGGUAAGCGGAGUGGGGAAACGGAGCGGGGAAUCACGUGCGGGGAAGCGGAGAAGAUAAUCUGCAACUUCGCUUCGCAUUACUUUCUCACUUGGCUCCGCAGCCUCACUCCGCUCCAGUGGACUGACACAGUACGCAACUCUGCUUCGCAUUGAUCCGUUUCUCCGAUACGCUCCCUCGCUCCGCUCUGGUGGGCUGGCAGCCUAAAACCUGACCAGCAAUAUAAAAACCUUCUGGGGGCGCCACAUCACUUUGUGCAUAAAAUUAGGGUCGCAGUCUGGAAGUUGAACUAUGCACAGUAAAUUUUUUUUUUGGGUGUUCAAUGGCGUACGAAAUUUCUUUGACAUACGUAAUAUCUUAAUUUAUACUUUGUACAUUUAACAGAGAUACUUCUCAUUAGAUAGUAAAAAUCAAGGCAACGUAAACAAACUUCUCUUAGUUUCAGUAUACAUACCUAGUAGCUAUUCGGUUAAUUUGAUGUAAUUGCAAUUUGCUGUUAAAUACAGGUACAGGUUUAAUGUUAUUUAAUAUUAUUUAAUUCUUAUCUUCGUCUUCUUAUAUAACGGAUUUAAUCAUAUCAUGCAAAAAUAUAAAUACUCUAAGAUAAAAUUUGAAAGCAUUUUUGGUUAAAAUAUUUAUAAUUAUUUGUAUUGUUAAUUAUGAAAUACAUCGUUUUAUGUCAAAUAUAUUUUGUUAGAAUAGAUUUACGGAAGUUUGAAAAAUUCAUAAAAACUGUACAAUAAAGUUAUGAAUUAUUAUUACUUAAUAUUCUUUGUUUACUGCGGUAAGGUGCCAUAAUGUUUAUUUCGUUUUUAUUUUUUUUUACGUUUUAUUGUAAAACAUUUCCGUAUGGAUUGCUAAUUGUGAGCUCUAUAUAAAACAUAUUUUGACGCUGUAACUGACUUAACUGAUGAGCAGACAAAAUACCUUAGAACUUAACAUUGGAACUUAAUUGGAAUUAAAAAAUCUCAAUAUGAUGUAUAAAACGAUAGUUUUUAAAAUAAUGAUGUAUCUAUGUAUUUUUAAAUGCUCAGUGGAUAUGUUGUUUAUUUAUGUUGAAAUGUUGUUUUUAUAAAAAAUUGUUUC